AUGGGUGCCGCCUGCUGCGCUGGAGGCGCUAUCGCCGGAUCUGCCGGUUCAUCCUCCCUACUCGAUGGUACGAUCUACUCGUUCCUUACCGCCAUCCCCAUCGCGCUCUACCAUCAUUAUCCUCAAGUCGCGAUCGCCCUAAUCACCCUCCUCGCUGUCGCAGCGUCAUCCCUCUACAUCCUUCUCAUAUUCCUCACACCAGACACCAAGACCAGCUCAUCCUCGGAGCUCACCUUUCUCUCGACCAAGAGCAAGCAGCCGCAGUCCUUACCGUCACUGCUCGACGAUGUGGAGGAAGAGCUUGGCGGUGGAGUGAACGAGGCGGUGCAGCUGAGCGUCGUAGUACCUGCGUACAACGAGAAGGAGAGGCUGCCGGUGAUGCUCAAAGAGACGGUCGAGUAUCUCGAUGGGCUCAAAGAAGGGCGGCGGAGUCUGGUGCAGGGUCUUCCGCUCAAGAAAAAUACCGCCUCAAACGGCAGCAGCAACGGCUCGACUUCACGGACGCCCGUUCACUCGGCCCUACACGACCCCCUCACAAGCUACGAGAUCAUCAUCGUCGACGACGGCAGCAAGGACGACACGCAUCAGGUCGCUCUUGAUUUUGCUCAGUCCUCUCCCUCGGCCGCAUCGACCAUUCGCGUCGUCCGUCUCGUCAAGAACAGGGGCAAGGGCGGGGCCGUGCGUCAUGGCGUGCUGCACUCUCGUGGCCAUCUCAUCCUUUUUGCCGAUGCGGAUGGCGCUACUUCCUUCCCUGACCUGUCCAAGCUGUGCUCCACCCUAUCCCGCGUCAUCACACCCAAGGGACACGGUGUGGCGGUGGGCAGCCGCGCGCACAUGGUCAAAUCCGACGCGGUCGUCAAACGCAGCUUCCUGCGCAACUUUCUCAUGCACGGUUUCCACCUUUUCCUCACCCUUCUGCUCCGACCGCCGACGCUGUCCGGUCUCGUGAGGCAGGUUUUCGGCCGCAAAAAGCAGAAGCAGUGUAAAGGGGUGGUAGCACUGCCCACGCAACCAGAGAUCAAAGACACCCAGUGUGGGUUCAAGCUGUUCACCCGUCCCACGGCCAAGCUUGUUUUCCCAGCAAGCCACAUUGAUGGGUGGAUUUUUGAUGUGGAGCUCCUCAUCCUCGCCCAGACGGCAAGCCAACUCGCCCUCCAGCAACAACCCCCAUCGACGCCACAGUUGGGGGGAAAUGAAGCCGAGUCGGAGGAGUUGGCCAGACUGCCCGUGCCCAUCGCCGAGGUCAGCGUCGACUGGCAAGAGGUCACGGGAAGCAAGAUCGAUCUGGUCAAAGAUAGCGUUAGAAUGGCACUGGAUCUGAUUGUGAUCCGGGCGAAUUAUGGAUUGGGCCGAUGGAAGGGGCCAAAGGCUGCGCUGUGA